AUGGCGCUGACGCCACUUCCCGGGUUCUUCUGCCCGCAGUUUUGUCGCCUUGAAGGCUUCACUCCCCGCGUCCGGAGCCGGGGGUGGGGGUGGGGGGAGGUGUCGUCGUCCCUCGGCCGGGCAUGUCGGCCUUCGCCCUGGGCGGGCAUCCCCGAGCGCGACCCGCUGCGGGGGUCGGGGCGACCCGCUCCUCCGGGCAUCAGAGCCGCUCCUGGGACGGGCAGCGAAGGGGGGGAGGGGGAGGCUGGGGCGGGCAGGACUGACGGGCAGAGCCACAGCGGGCCGGGGCGGCAGGGGCAGCUUCUGCGGCCGGGGAGCUGCGCCCGAUGCGGCACCCGCGUCUGCCCGGCUGAGCCCGGCGUCUCCUGGGCGGCACCUGUGUCGUCGUCGCCCCCGUUGCCGGACCCCCCACCCCACCCCACCCCACCCCCGAUGGAGUCUCCCCCCAACGGCGGCGGCGGCGGCGGCCACUUGCUCCUGCCCGGCGGGCUGGGCUCGGGCUUCAGCAGCCUCCAGAGCCCGGAGCUCUCCAGCCACCCCCACCCCCAGGGCGGAGGGUCGUCCUCCUCGGCCGCCUCUCCGCCGCUGCCCGGCUUCGGCACGCCGUGGUCGGUGCAGACGGCGUCCCCGCCGCCGCCGCCUCCGCCGCCGCCGCCCGGACAGCAGCCCCAGCCGCCGCCGCCUCAGCCCUCGGCCGCCGCAGCCAUGGCCCCGCCGCCCAGCCCGGAGUCGUCGGAGAGCGGAGGAGGAGGAGGCGGAGGAGGCGGCGGCGGCUUCUACGCGGGCGGCGGCGGCGGGGGGCUGCUGUCGUCGCUCAACCCGGCUUUCUUCCAGAGCUUCUCGCCCGGCGUCUCCCCUCACGCCGCCUUCGGCAGCCCCUUCUCGGCCGCCCCGCCGCCGCCGCCUCACAUCAGUUUACCUCAGCAGCCGCAGCAGCCGCAGAACCGGCGCUCCCCGGUCAGCCCGCAGCAGCCCCAACACCACCAACACCACCACCAGGCCGCCGCCGCCGCCUUCCUCCAGCAGAGGAACUCCUACAACCACCACCAGCCUCUUCUGAAGCCGUCACCUUGGAGUAACCAUCAGAGCAGUGGUUGGAGCACAGGAAACAUGUCCUGGGGAAGUAUGCAUGGUAGAGACCAUCGUAGAACUGGAAACGCAGGGAUUCCAGGAACUAUGAACCAAAUCUCUCCCUUAAAGAAGCCAUUUUCUGGUAACGUCAUAGCUCCACCUAAAUGUACACGUUCUACUCCAUCGUUGACACCGAAAUCAUGGAUUGAAGAUAACGUUUUCCGAACAGACAGCAACAGUAACACUCUCUUACCCUUACAGGAUCGAAACAGAAUGUAUGACAGUCUGAACAUGCACUCGUUGGAAAAUUCCCUUAUUGAUAUAAUGAGAGCUGAGCAUGAUCCUCUUAAAGGUCGUUUGAAUUAUCCACAUCCAGGGACUGACAAUCUUCUAAUGUUAAAUGCAAGGAGUUAUGGGCGAAGACGAGGUCGUUCUUCACUCUUCCCUAUAGACGAUGGCUUGCUGGAUGAUGGUCACACUGAACAAGUUGGUGUGUUGAAUUCACCUACAUGCUACUCUGCUCAUCAAAAUGGAGAACGGAUAGAACGUUUCUCUCGGAAAGUGUUUGUUGGUGGUCUUCCACCAGACAUUGAUGAAGAUGAAAUUACUGCUAGCUUCAGACGAUUUGGACCUCUGGUGGUUGACUGGCCUCACAAAGCAGAAAGCAAAUCUUAUUUCCCCCCUAAAGGUUAUGCAUUCCUCCUUUUCCAAGAGGAGAGUUCUGUCCAGGCCCUGAUCGAUGCCUGCAUCGAAGAAGACGGAAAGCUCUAUCUCUGUGUUUCUAGCCCCACUAUCAAGGAUAAGCCAGUCCAGAUCCGUCCCUGGAACUUAAGUGAUAGUGACUUUGUAAUGGAUGGUUCGCAACCUCUUGACCCUCGGAAAACUAUUUUUGUGGGUGGUGUCCCCAGGCCGUUAAGAGCUGUGGAGUUAGCCAUGAUAAUGGACCGACUCUAUGGUGGAGUUUGUUAUGCAGGAAUUGAUACGGAUCCUGAACUGAAAUAUCCAAAAGGUGCUGGGCGAGUGGCUUUCUCCAAUCAGCAGAGCUACAUUGCUGCCAUUAGCGCUCGGUUUGUUCAACUUCAGCAUGGCGAUAUUGAUAAACGAGUGGAGGUAAAGCCAUAUGUAUUGGAUGACCAGAUGUGUGAUGAAUGCCAGGGUGCAAGAUGUGGUGGAAAGUUUGCUCCCUUUUUCUGUGCCAAUGUCACUUGCCUGCAGUAUUACUGUGAGUUUUGCUGGGCGAACAUCCAUUCUCGGGCAGGACGUGAAUUCCAUAAGCCAUUGGUUAAGGAAGGGGCUGACCGCCCACGCCAGAUCCACUUCCGCUGGAACUGAGCUAGAUUCUUCAAGAUCCACCUUAAGGAAAGAAGAGUGCAUGUGGCUUACUGUGUUUGAAGAAACUGACAUGCAGAAGAAAUAAGUGCAUUUUUCUGCUUCUUACCCCAACUCGUAAUACAUGCAUCUUUUUCAGCAGCCAAAACACUACAGAGCCUCUUGUUUUUCACCAAAACCCUACAUCUCAGGCUUACUAAUUUUUGUGAUAUUUUCAUGUUAAAAUAAAAAAAGGUUUUUUUGUAUUUUUCUCCAACUUAUUUUUAUAUGUAAAAUUAAAACUAGAUAUGAGAAUGUUUUUGCGUAGGGGCACAGAGUCUGCUGCUAUAUUUAGUGGGUGAAGUGUGCACUUAUUUCUAAACAUGGGUUUUUAAACUUCAAGAUCUGCCCCAGUAAUUUACCAAAGGUAGCAAAAAAUAGUGAAGAUGGAAUAUGUCUGCUACAAAAAGCUUAUUUUUAUUGUUGUUGGUAUUUUCAGUGUAUACAUCAAUUAAAAAUAGGGUUGAUUUUUUUGCGCUCCAUUUUGACUUGCAAGAAAUAAUACCUCAAGAUAAUCUGAUUUAUUAGCUAUUUUUAAACAUUUAUAAUCACAAGCUGUAUUAGCUUUGCUGCUAUAUAGGUGUUGUGUGUAAUGCCACCUAUUAAUACGGGAUUUCAAGAUACACUGCAUUACAGAUUAAAAUGCAGGCAGCACAAUAUGGCUAAAACUGCCAUAGUUUUAGAAUGUGAAAAAUUGCAUGUUUACUUACCUGUAUACACCAUAUGCAUGCACUAGAUCUAACAAGACGCAAGUUAUUGCAAUUUUUUUAAAGGCUCUGAAAUCUAGGUAGCAUGAGCAAAUUGCAAAAUUUGUUACAAAAAAAAAGAAGACUUGCAUGCAUGAUUGUGACUCAAAGUUUUUUUUAAUGUCCUACAUGUGUACAAUAUGCAAAUUAGUUUUAGAUUAGAAAGUGCAGCCAUUUUGUGACCUGGUUGGUAGUGGAAGUCAAUUUUUGCAGACUGGAUAUAAUAUUGUAAUCCCUGUGCAAUUUUGUGAUGUGUGAUUCUAAUUAAUGUGCAGUUGUGUAGCAUAGACAUGUUUGAGUAAAAAACAA